UCAGAAUAUACUUCAUCUAUAUAAAUCUGUAUCGUACUAAAUUAUGACUUAUUGAUAUUUAAUAAUAAAAAUAAAUCGUAUCUUUAGUAUUUCGAAAAAUUAUGGUUUUAUUUAGUGAAAAUGUGCUUAUGACCACUCGUUACAUGUGUUAAUCUUGAUGUGAUGACGUCAAACGAAGAUAAUGUAACCUUAAAAGUGCAAGAAGUGACGAACAACAAACUUUGUUUUAUUUUAUCAAUACUAUCAGUUUGAAAAUUUUGUUGAUAUGUCACACUUCGGAGAUUUUAUGGACGGUGUUCCCGUUAAAAUAUCUGAGAAGUACAAGCGUCCUCCACCAAUCGAGUUACCAUUCUGUGUAACUGCAUCUCCUUUACGUGCACAGACUGUUGUCGAUUGCGUAAAUUACUGCUCUACAUUUGAGCGUAAUAUUCUUGCGAAACUUAAAGAACUAAGAAGUGCAAAAGAGACCAAAAAACACGAAAGACGACAUCGUCUUCACCUUCUUGAAGAGGCAAAACAAAAAAAACUCGAUGCUAUUGCUGCAGCUGAGGCUGAGGAGAAGCUAAAGCAAUUGAGCAUUUCUGAAGUGUCUUAUCCAAGCACUGAGGAGAUAAGCCCACUCUCUCCUGAUGAUAAGCCAGAGCAUAACUGUGAUACCUCAGUUCAAGACAAUAUUAUUACUAAUAAUUCUGAUGCAAAUAAAUCUACUAGUGUAGAUAUUAACUUGACAAAGCCUACACAGGAGUCUCAGUCAAGUAUUUUACAACCUAUCCAAGUUAAGUCCAACUAUCAGCAAUGCAGUUUGCUUGAUGAUCCUGAUCCACUUCAAGAAUUGAAGUUUUCUACAAAUAUAACAAAAGCACAGUAUUCACACAAUGUGGAAACUUUGACUUUUAAAGACUUUGAAAAUGACACAUCUAGCCCAUUUGAUAAUGUUGAACUGAAAACUAUAAAUGAUAUGGAAUUAUUAGCUCAAGUUCUACAAAGUCAAAGAGAUUCAAGUGUAAGUUGUCAAAUCCAAAGUUACCCUGAUCAGGUGUAUUCAGGAUAUGCCAACUGUGCUACCCAGGCUCAACUUGAUGGAGGUGCAUACCUUCCAAAUGCUUACCAACAGACAAUACAUGGUCCAAACAUUAUGUAUUCAUCUCCUCAACAAUUUCCUGCGUCUAAUGGAUACUAUGUUCAAGCAGACACAAUCUGUGAUAACACUUUGCCUAUAGACAAUGUUUAUGUGCCCAAUUAUCAAUAUUAUGUUCCUACACAAACAUAUGCUGAUCAAUACUAUAACGCAUCUACAUCAGCAGAUGUCAGCCAAGUAACAAAUGGUUCAUACAUUCCUCAGCCUUACUAUUAUCAGUAUCAACCAUAUUAUGAUCCUAAAAUGAAUACUGAACAAAAUAAUGUAACAUCAAGCAGUUCACAGAAUAUAAAAUCUAGAUCAAGAAGUGUGCCGGACAUCGUAAGAGAGUUGAAUGAAGAGUUAGCUACAGCUAAAUUACGGGCUCAUGAAAGAUCUUGUAAUGUUAGCCCAGCACCAGAAACAAUAGUGCCUAGGUCUUCCUCUACUAGUGAGAAAAGAGAAAGUAGGAGAAGGAAACAAGAGCAGUUACCAAACCCAUUUGAAAAGUUUCCACCUCAGUUGCAAACUGUUUGUCAGAAAAUUCAUGCGAUGGGCUUCCCACUGGAUCGGGUAGCAAGAGUAUGCAGUUUAGUUGGUGAUAAUGAUAAAAAGAUAAUAGAGGGCCUUCUGAUUGUUGGAGAGCUCAUGGAUUUAGGUUUCUCUGAAGGGAAAGUAUCAGCAGCUCUUGCUAAACAUGAAUUUAAUAGAGAUAAGGCAUUAGAUGAGUUGGUUUCAUAGCAAUGUAUGCAAAUUCUCUGGUUAAUGAAUUUAAUGAGACUACUAAGCCUUAAAAAUGUUCUAUCUAUCAUUGAGGUAUUAUAUGCCAAUAUUAUGUCUUGACAGUGGUUUAUUGUUUUGCCCUGGAAGAUUUAAGGCAGUUGCAAGGAUGGUGCGGAAGGAUGAAAUGGCUAGAAAUAGUGUCUUAAAGCAGUUAUUUGGACAUUAUUUUUAAAGAAUAUUUUAUAUCUUUUUAUCUCUUAUAACUUGCCUGACAUUUGGAAUUUCUAUAUCUCCUUUCAUGCUUCCCAGAUAUAUAUAAAAUUAUACUAGCAAAUUUUUACCCAAGAGUUAUUGUUAUAUUUUAAAAAUAUUGAUUUUGUAGGUAAAGGUUUGGUCAAAAAUUUAUUUAAUGCUAUACUUUUAUGGUUUCAGUGAUAACAUAAUCAUCUUUAGGUCUUAAUUAAUUUGAUCUAUGUAUCUCCAUGCACCCCUUACGAUAAAAUAUCAACAGCCGUGUUAUGUAAUAUCUAUUGCAAAAACUAAAUCAUUAAACACACAAAAACAACAUCAUACAACUUAUAUUACAAUGACGAAGACAAAAAUUCAAUAAACUAGCGUAAUUUCCAGUUCUACUCUCCAGAUUGAUACCUGUGUCAAUCUGGAAUCAGUUUUGUCUCAUGAAUUUUUUAAAGUAUUGUGUCUCAAAGCUAAUCUAAAAUCUAUAAUUUAUGUGUCCAUAUUGAUUUAAAUUUAUUACUAUCCUCAUGAAGUAAAUACAUUUCUCUUUAAAAAAAAAUUAUGUUUGAUCAGGCAAAUAUUUGAUUUUCACCAAGUUUGACAGAACUUUAAACACAAUUGAUAACUUAAAAGCUUGAUUUAUAAUAUUGAAAACAAGUUAUCAUUAUAAAAUUUAUGUUCACUGAGAGUUGUACCGCAGUGUCUUUAACUUAAUAGUUAUAUUCAGUAAUAAUCAUUAUUAUUAGAAGUAUAAAACCUCUUCUCUAAUAAUCCAAAUGUCAAAUCUUAAACCAUAAUAUGGUUAUGUAAUGGCUACAUGGCUCAUUUUAACAUGUUGCAACAAAGUGUAUGAAUAAGACUGUCGAAUUUUUAUGUUGAUGUUUACAACUGUAUUGUAAUAAAUUGCCUCUUUAUACUUUCUUUCUUUUUAUAUAUAGUAACAUUGUUUUUUUGUUGCCUUGGUCCUAAGUGCCUGACCAUCACGCAACAAAUAAUGAAGUCUGUCACAUAAUUGGGACAUUUAACACUACUAGAAUUACAUUUUUGCAGUUGUAUAAUGUUUAAUUUCAGAUUUAGCAUUAUAAGCAUAUUAUGUUAUGUUAAACAUACCUAAUUAUUUUUGUUAUUUUGUAAAUAAUAGUACAAUUCCUGGUAAUAUAUUUUGUCCAUUGAUAGUAAUUGUUAUUUAAACUAUUCAAUUAAUUUUAGGUACAUUGAAUAUUAUUUGUUACUCAGUAGAAAGUAAGUAUUGAUUGGUAAUUUAUACAGGUUCUUAAUUUUUUUUAAUUAUUAGUUAUCACGUGAUAGAAUCAAUUUAAAUAUUCUGCUGUUAAAUAUUUUGUUUGAUUGUAGAUCAUCUUAUAUGCCAGAUAAUUUGACGAAAGAUUGAAGAAGGCAUUAAUUACGUCGGGCUUUGUUUAGUUUAGAAUUGAAAAUACAAUAAUAAAAAAAGGGGGUUUAGUUAUGAUUAUUUGCGAGUGUUAAAGUUUCGUUGCACAUACUUAAUGGGUGCAUUAUAUCAGUCAAUAACCUAAAAAAAUUGGAAUAAUUGAAUAUGCACGCUCUUGCGGUAAGAUGCCUUCCUGCAUGAGAAACUUAGCCUAAUGAUGAUAAUAUUCAUUGUUUAUACUCAUGGAACUAAAUAUCCGAAAUAUUUUAUAACACGUUUGUCCUAAAACGUAAUAAAAAGAAAAUGUUUGCAUUUGUCACUUGCCUUGAUCACCCUGAGCUAACUUUAGUGAUACUGUCUAUAAUGCUUGGGCAUAGGGCGCGUGAUUUUCAAUAGCUUAAAUAUAUACAUAUAUAAAUUAUUGUAUAAAUAAAAGAGUUAUUUUCA